AUGGCUUCAACAGACGAACAAGUCCAAUUUCCCUUGACAAACAAACAAGCCGCUUGUGAUAUUGAUGGUGUUCAUACUGAAGUCCUUGUUACUGGAUUCGCUGACAAGAUCUUUAUUGUGGUGACUCAAUUUGGCAGAAUUGGCAGUUUGAUUCGAACCACCGUCGACAUUGCACCCCAUCUCGCCACGAACCCUUCUUCAGUUCCCACCACUUCACAGUUUUUAUUUGGUGAGUCGUCUGGACCCCAAAGCGACUUGUACAUGCUAUACGCGUCGUCUAUUGCACAAGCAGUGGCAGCGAUGAAUCCACAUGAGAAACGACCCAUCCUCCUUGGUAUCGCACUCAAGCCCUUGGAUGAAAUGGCAGAGCAACGUAAAGUGUUCAACAAGGUGAUCGACAAGGUCAUGGCAUGCCCCGUUUGGUAG